AUGGAUCCCCUUGACUCAAGACCGUCUUCUGGUGCGACCUCGGGAGCCACGUCUCCCGCUGCUUCUUCAUACUCGUUCUCGUCUGCGUUCCCAUUCGAUGUCGAUCCAAGACAGAAAUUGAGACAUCGUCGUGCUUUGUCGGGUAUUACUCCCCGUGAGUUGAAGUUCAUCGACUCGGUGAUCCCCCUCAAGUCUCGUCAACAAUGGAAGAAGUUUGCUGUGAAGGAGGUCGAGUCGAAAGACGACUUCCAGUCUGAGUUUGUUCGUCAUGUAGAGAUCACUUUGGGCCGUUCGUUAUACAACUGUGACGAGCUUGCUGCCUACCAAGCAGCCGCUAGAUCUAUUAAGACCAAGUUGAUUGUACAAUGGAAUAGAACUCAACAACAACACACUCUGUCGGAUCCUAAGCGUAUUUACUAUUUGUCAUUAGAGUUUCUCAUGGGUAGAGCCAUGGAUAAUGCCCUGUUGAAUACAGGUCUUAAGGACGCUUCUAGACAAGGUUUGGACGAGUUUGGGUUUAGAAUGGAGGAUGUAUUGGAGCAAGAGCCCGAUGCCGGUCUUGGUAAUGGUGGUUUGGGCCGUCUGGCUGCUUGUUUCAUCGACUCGUUGACCACAUCCAAUUAUCCUGCUUGGGGUUAUGGUAUUCAAUACAAGUAUGGUAUUUUCCAACAGAAGAUUGUUGAUGGAUACCAGGUCGAGCAACCUGAUUACUGGCUCGUUUACUCGAAUCCUUGGGAGAUCACUCGUCGUGAAAUUGCUGUUGAUGUCAUGUUCAAUGGUUAUGUUCAAAGAACUGCUGAUGACCAAGGUAUUGUCAAGAAAUCUUGGGUUGGAGGUGACUUUGUCAGAGCUAUUGCCCAUGAUAUGCCCAUUCCUGGUUACAAGACUAACAACGUCAAUAACUUGAGAUUAUGGUCAUCUGAACCCCAUGUUGAGUUUGAUUUCAGCAAGUUCAACGAAGGUGACUAUGACCAAGCUGUUCGUGAACAAAACAAUGCUGAGACUAUCUCGUCAGUGCUUUAUCCCAAUGAUAACUUCUACUCUGGUAAGGAGUUGCGUUUGAAGCAACAAUACUUCUGGGUAGCUGCUUCUCUCAGUGAUAUUGUUCGUCGAUUCAAGAAGACCCGUCGUCCUUGGAAGGAGUUCUCCGACCAAGUGGCUAUUCAACUUAACGAUACUCACCCUACCUUGGCUAUUGUCGAGUUGAUGAGAAUCUUUGUUGAUAGAGAGGGUCUUGACUGGGACUCUGCCUGGGCCAUUACCACUGAGACUUUUGCCUACACCAACCACACUGUUCUUCCCGAAGCUUUGGAGAAGUGGUCAGUCGAUGUUUUGGGCCACUUGUUGCCCCGUCAUUUGGAAAUCAUCUACGAUAUCAACUUGUUCUUCUUGCAAAUGGUUGACAAGAAGUUCCCUAAGGAUCGUGAGUUGCUUUCUAGAGUAUCGAUUAUCGAAGAAAGCUCUCCUAAACAAGUCCGUAUGGCAUAUCUGGCCAUCAUCGGUUCUCACAAGGUCAAUGGUGUCGCUGAGUUACACUCUGAGCUUAUUAGAACCACUAUUUUCAAGGACUUUGUUGCCAUUUACGGUGCUGACAAGUUCAUGAACGUUACUAAUGGUAUCACCCCUCGUCGUUGGUUGUUGCAAGCCAACCCUGCCUUGGCUUCUCUUAUUGCCGAAAAGCUCGGUGGCAGCUACGACUACCUAAAGGAUCUUGGUUUGUUGAAGGGUAUUGAAAAGUAUGCUCAUGACUCUGAAUUCCAGACUCAAUGGUACAAUAUUAAGCGUGCCAAUAAGGAGCGUCUUGCCAAGCUUGUCAAGUCUCAGAGUGGACUGGUUCUCAACCCAGAUGCGCUCUUUGAUGUGCAAGUUAAGCGUUUCCAUGAGUACAAGCGUCAACAGCUCAAUAUCUUUGGUGUUAUCCAUCGUUACUUGGAACUCAAGGCCUUGUCUUCUGAGGAGAAGAAGAAGGUGGUACCCAGAGUUAGCAUUUUCGGUGGUAAGUCAGCUCCUGGUUACUAUAUGGCCAAGGUUAUCAUCAAGUUGAUUAACAGCGUUGCUGCUGUUGUCAAUGAGGACGAGGAUGUCAAGGGAUUGCUGCAAGUGGCCUUUGUCGAAGACUAUAAUGUGUCCAAGGCUGAAAUCAUUACUCCUGCUUCUGACAUUUCUGAACACAUUUCAACUGCCGGUACCGAGGCUUCUGGUACCAGUAACAUGAAGUUUGUUCUUAAUGGUGGUCUCAUUAUUGGUACUGUUGAUGGUGCCAACAUUGAGAUUGCCCGUGAGGUUGGCGAAGAGAACAUGUUUAUGUUCGGUCACCUUGCCGAAGCCGUCGAAGACCUUCGUUUUGAUCACCGAUACCGCGGCGUCAAGCUCAAUGACAAGUUGCAGAAGGUGUUUGAGACUAUUCAAUCAGGCAUAUUCGGCGAGUCACACAUUUACAACGACCUCAUCUCAUCUAUCCGCGAUAAUGGUGAUCACUAUCUCGUUAGCGAUGACUUUGACACCUAUCUUGAUGCUCAGAGACGUGUUGACGAGGCCUUUGUCGACAAGGACACCUGGGUCUCAAAGAGUAUCAUUGUUGUCGCCAACAUGGGUUUCUUCUCCUCUGAUAGAGCUAUCGAUGAGUAUGCAGAGACCAUCUGGAACGUUGAGCCUCUCCCUAUCGCUAAUUUCGACGAGUAA